ACAAGAAACAUUUGUUCCCGCUCGAUUAUCAGGGGUCGCGGCUCUUCGCUUCGCUUCGGCAGCGCGGGUGGUGACAGUAAUAAUAAACUAAAGCAGUACAUCAUUAGACGAGUCGCAGCGGAUCAUAUGAUAUGGGGUCCGAAAUGUUUAACUAAAAAAACUCAUACAGCCAGUUCUGCAGGUCUUGUUAUUCAGACUAACUGUAACUCCUCCCUGUGUAAAAAAUGAGUUCUGUUCAACCUGCCAUAGGAAUUUGCAUCCGUUCAGUACUGCGCUCACCUGCUUAUCAUUGAUGAAUUUUAUUUUUUUUAUUUGUCGGAAUAUAACAUACAGUUGUCAAUUUCAAUUUUCAGUAAUCUUUUCAUUGAAUUAUGUGAACGUUUUAGUCUAAACAUACCAUGAGAGACUCGACUAAUUUCACUGCGCAACAAAUAUGCACCCUGGUGGUCGUGGUUCUCAGCUUUGUUCACAUUUCCUUUAUUUUUAUUUAUUACCUGAGGAAUCUAGAUAUAAGCGCUUCGUUUCUGCAGUUCCAGCAAGAGCAGCCGUCCGUCCCCGACCAAACGGAGCGGACUUCCAGCAGCAGCAGCAGAGGAGCUGCAGCAGCAGAGCUCGGAACCCCGGACCCCUCCGUCACGGUCACGCCGGCGCCAGUAGAAAAGCUCUCCGCUCUUAACAAAAGCGCUCCGCCGACUGACGCCAAACUGGACAGGUGUCCGGACCCGCCGCCUGCUCUUGUGGGUCCACUAAGGAUUGAGUUUUCGGAUCCAGUCAGCAUGGAUACCAUCAGAGCAGAGAACCCCAACUUGCGGGAAGGGGGCCGCUACAAGCCCAAAGACUGCAUCGCCCUGCAGAAGGUGGCCAUCAUCAUCCCCUUCCGUAAUCGCGAUGAGCACCUCAAGUUCUGGCUUUACUACCUCCAUCCCAUCCUGCAGCGCCAACAGCUGGAUUACGGCGUGUACGUCAUCAACCAGGAUGGAGAAUUCAGAUUCAACCGAGCUAAGCUCCUCAACAUUGGCUAUGUGGAAGCACUGAAAGACUAUGACUAUGAGUGCUUCAUCUUCAGCGAUGUGGACCUGAUACCCAUGGAUGAUCGUAACAUCUACAAGUGCUCCAGCCAACCCCGUCACCUCUCUGUUGCUAUAGACAAAUUUGGCUUCAGGUUGCCUUAUACCCAGAUUUUUGGAGGAGUCUCAGCUCUCACUAAAGAGCAGUACCUGCAUAUCAAUGGCUUCUCCAAUAACUACUGGGGCUGGGGUGGUGAGGAUGAUGACAUCUACAAAAGGUUGGCUUUCAAGAGGAUGUUUAUCUCUCGGCCUAAUAGCAUAGUGGGAAGAUACCGCAUGAUCGUCCAUCACAGAGAUGAGAAGAAUGAACCCAAUCCUGAGAGCUUUAACAAUCUCAUGCGCACCUUACAAACAAUGAACAAGGAUGGCGCCAACAGUUUGGUGUACCAAAUUGUCAGAGUGGAGAAAGACCAACUGUACACAAAAGUUACAGUGGAUGUGGGGAAGCCUGCAUACUAGCAUGUAACAUUGUGGAAAACAUCCUCACCUCAACCAUUGAUCACCUAUGGACAGGGUUUGCUCCAUAGCAUUUCCCUUUUACAUUGUGAUAUUUGCAACAAACAAGCUGUAUAAACUCCACUUCUACUUCGGUGACAUCAAGUUACACUGAUAGUAGUGCCUUUUUACAACUGGUAAUAGGGUCAUAAAGUGUAAAAAGAUGACUUAUAAUGACACUUACUCAUUCAUGUGAGGGUUGCAAUCAAACACAGCCUAUCUUGGAAUCACAGGAACUAGGGUAGGAGGAGAAUACCCUGGACAAGAUCCUAGCCCAUUGCAGGACAGCCACACACACACACACACACACACACACACACACACACACACACACACACACACACACACACACUAUGAGCAAUACAGAGUCACCAGUUAACAUGAGACACAGCUCUCUGGACGGUGGGAGCAAACCCAGGCAGACUCGGGAAGAACAUGCAAAAUCCACAGACUGAGCUGGAUUCAAACCUACACCCAAAAGAGGCCUGGUGCUACGAAGGAGCGUCACUACUCAUUGCAUCAUCGUGCCACUUCAAAAAUAAUAAUAAAACAAGAAUAAUAGUACACACACACACACACACAUUUUCAGAACCGCUUGUCCCGUACGGGGUCACGGGGAACCGGAGCCUACCCGGCAACAGUAGCCUUAGAAUAAUGUUAUUAUGGUUGUUCAGGAGUUUUCCCUUUAGAAAUAAUGCACAUUGCAUCUUUCAUGUACAAACUCCUGCUUUACAAAAAGAUUUUCAUAAACAAAAUAGGUUCCACUAC